AUGCUAGCUCCCAAGAGCACUCAUAAGCGCAAGCGCAGCUCGGCACGCUCCGACAGGGCGCGCAAGCUCGGCGCAGCACGCUGGAUCGUCAACCUCAUCCCGCCAUCCUCCGAUCAACCCAGCAGCCCAUUGUCGAAGCGCAGCCGCCGUCUCGAAGCGCUCGUUGAUGCGCAUCCUUUCAAUUGCAGCCUCGAGAUCAUCCUGCCCCUCCUCGACUCGCAGUUCCCACCCACGGACCAGACCUCCUCGCUCCCGCCGCGCAUCCAGGCCUUUGUCGACCGAGUUCACCACCAUGCGUCGAGAUAUCGAUCCUAUCGCGCACACAUACCUGUCAGCAUGCUUCUCGAUCCCAUCUUUGUCACCGCCUACCUCAAGACUGGCUCGCUCAUCGCACUCACCGCACCAUCGGGUCCCGCUGGGCUCGACUCGCCGCCAGACGACACCGUAUGCCUCGAUGGCCAGGGAACGCUCGUGCUCUCGCUGUGCAAGGACACCUAUCAGACCCUCGGCCUCACGGGCAGAGCAAGUCACUUUUCGCGCCUCUCGUCCGGCCGAGCAGCAGACCGAACCAGCGGGCCCGACUCGCGCUUCAUCGUCGAGCUGCCGCUGCUAUCCCCAUCGUUCGUACCGGGCAAGAAGGGAUACCAGCACGCACUCGAUCGGCUGCGUGCCUGGGACCUCGCGCGCACGCGCAAGCUCGCUCAAGAGCAUACAAUGGCUCAGACACACGCAUCGUCCAGCUUCCAGCCGGCGAACGGCAGUGGCGAGACUGUGACGAGCGACCACGCCACCUGGGACAUGCUCUUCGUCUGGUCGCCGCCCGUCCAUGCUGCGGACGAGAUCUUGCAGGCAGACUCGUCCGACUCAUCGGCGGCUAACGAACUCCGCUUUCCCGACCAUCUUGUGCACCCGGGCCAGGUGCAAGAGUUGCGGAUCCACGCUCCGAUGCCCGUCGUGACCGAGUCCAUUUGGGUGCCCAGGCUCGACGAUCCCACGCAGCACGCUCUCUCACAGCAGCCUUGGAGCACAGCCUCUCCGUCAGAAUGGCAGCACUUCCAAGACGAUCUGCAAGAAGCAGUCGAGUGGGCGGGGCUCGCGUCGCUCGGCGCGAAUGCGGUGCGCACCUACGCCAAGCCCGACUCUACGUGCGUCUAUGCUGCGCCGCGAUCCAGCCAGCCCGGCCGCACGCUUAAACUCACCCUCGCCGGCACGCGCGACAAGCCACUGCUGCUGAGCCCGCUGCUCAUCGCGUACAUUACCCGCGAGCUCGAUGCGCUCGUUUCGGAGCUGACCUCAAUCGGAUGGGCGACCAUGACGUGCGCCGGCUUUGCGCAGGCGCCGCUGACGUGGCGAUCCAAAGUGCCGCUCAGCUCGGUGUACGGUGCGAAAGAACUGCCCGGCAACAAGGCCGCACUAUCUCACCGCCAAAGCGAGAAUGAAGAUGUGGCGAUGACGGACUCGUCCGAGGGAGAGGAGGACGACGAGGGAGAGAGCGAUUCGUCGCUGGAUAUGGGCGCGCGCGUGGUUCGCCGCAAGAAGCGCUCCAAACGCAGCAUCGGCAAGGACCACACCGAACACUCCUUUACGCCCAGCACGGGCGAGACGGGCUGGAUCUCGUUCUGCCUUCCCCCCGUCGCCGAGGUGCAACGCAGUCGGUGGGUUCUAGUCGAGCUAGUUGGUACGGAUACGCGGUCAUAA